GAAGUUGUACAGUGAGAGUGGGGAUUUUCAAAUAUCUUUUGCAACAGCAUUAACACAACACCAAAAAAGAACCAAGGCAGUUGGGCAAAGUUUUAGCUCUCUUUCUCUCUCCGCUGCGUAUCCACAAAACACACCACUCCACCACACUCUCUGUGUGGCGUCAACGAAAAGCAACAAAAAAAAACCAUUAAGACCUACUCAAUGCAUAGAAGUCUGGAGUUUCACAAUUUCAUAAAAUUCAAUUGCUUAUGAACAAGCGGCACGAACGGAACGUUUUGGAAUUGUUAACGGUUGUAUCGCGCUAUUUCGGUAUUGAUAUUAAACAAAAUAUUUAACAUGCGAAUUUGUGAAAUGACAAACAACAACAAAGUGUAUAACAUAUUACAAAUUGCAAAAUAAAAUAGUUUUGUUACUAUAAUAAGAAAUAUAAAAAUAUGCUUAUUUAAGUGAAACUAAACCAAAAAAAUUUUAAACAAAACAGCCUUACAAAUUGGUUUAUUUGAAAUAAAAACCUUAAAAAAAGUGUCAACACAUUUCCUUUGAAACAUUUAUUGGAUUACUUUAGUGUUUUUGUUUUUGGGAAAUUUUUUUAACAAAACUUUUUGCAAAACGGAAUUUAAAAUGGUACGCAGUUUAGCCCAGUGGACGAAGACGUUAAGUUUUCCCUCACGUCUUUCGCCCAAUCGGAACUCUAAGGACUGCUCGACUUUGAAUACAACUAGUCCAGUGCCACCACCCACACCGCCCAGGAAUAAGAACUCCAAUUGUGCUACCUCCAGAUCAACAUCCUCUUCAUCAUCGGCCUCAGCCGCUUCCACACAUUCUUCCACGCACAAUAACAACAACAAUAUGCCCAUAACGGAAUUGGAACAAAUUAUUUACCCUGGUCCAGAUCCCAAACAAGCCAUUAUGGGUUCCUUGGUCUUUUGCAUACACCACAAGCAGGGCUGCACCUGGUCCGAUGAGUUAAGGAAGCUAAAGGGCCAUUUGAAUGUUUGCAAACACGAUGCCACCCAGUGUCCCAAUAAAUGUGGUGCCCAGAUUCCUCGUAUUAUGAUGACCGAUCAUUUGCAAUAUACCUGUACAAUGCGCCGCACCAAAUGUGAAUUUUGUCAAAGUGAAUUUUCCGGUGCUGGUCUGGAGGAACAUGCCGGCACCUGUGGCCAAGAGCCCAUAUACUGUGAGGCCAAAUGUGGACAACGAGUGUUGAGGGGUCGCAUGACUUUACACAAAUCCAAAGAUUGUACCAAACGUUUGAGACGUUGCUUGCAUUGUAAUCGGGAAUUCUCGGCCGAUACCUUGGCCCUACAUGUCAAUCAAUGUCCCCGUGCACCCACUGUAUGCCCACAGCGUUGUGAAAUUGGACCCAUAGCCCGUGCCGAUUUGGAAUCCCAUUUACGUGAUGAAUGCAAGGCCUUGGCCAUUGCAUGUUCGUUUAAAGAGGCCGGUUGCAGAUUCAAAGGACCCCGGCACAUGUUGGAGGCCCACUUGGAGGCAAAUGCCGCCUCACAUUUGUCAUUGAUGGUGGCUCUGUCGGCACGCCAGGGACAACAAAUUCAAAUGCUUAAAUCGGCCGUCUCCAAGCUUUCCAUCAAUUUCACCGGCACUUUGCUGUGGAAAAUCACCGAUUGGUCUGCCAAAAUGGCCGAAGCCAAGGGCAAAGAUGGUUUGGAGCUUGUAUCACCACCCUUCUAUACCUCUCAAUAUGGCUAUAAGCUGCAGGCCUCCAUGUUCUUGAAUGGCAAUGGUCCCGGCGAGAAUACCCAUGUUUCGGUUUACAUAAAAGUUUUGCCCGGCGAAUAUGAUGCUUUGCUGAAAUGGCCCUUCUCACACUCCAUUACCUUUACUCUCUUCGAACAAGGUUCCCAAUCGGGCCAGGGUGGAGUAGCCGAGUCUUUUGUACCCGACCCCACUUGGGAGAAUUUUCAGCGCCCCUCUAAUGAACCCGAUCAGUUAGGCUUUGGCUUCCCCAGAUUUAUAUCACAUGAAUUGCUCUACAAACGUCCCUUCAUCAAAGAUGACACGGUAUUCUUGAGAGUCAAAGUGGAUCCCAGCAAAAUAGUUGCAGUCUAAUAUGAGAAACCCAAAAUAUAGUUUUAAGUUCAUAUUUUCUAUGAAUACUGUGUAUUUAAGUUAGCACUUUAAACAGAAAAACUGUAAAUAUAUAUGAAUAAGAGAAAAAAGCAAAUUAAAUAGCCAUCUUUUAAGCAAAACGCCAAAAAAUUCAAUAAAAAAAAUGUUUAAGCUUCGCUUAAGUAAUCCCCAGAGGUUACUUCUUUAAGCGAAAGCCCUGGAACAAAAAAUCAUUUAAAACACACACACACACACAAAAAGAUUAGUCAUCUAAAAAAUUAUAUAGCUUAAGUAAGCAUAAGGAAUAGGCACAACCUUAGUGGUCCUUAAUUUUUUUUAAUGGAAAUUUUUUACAUCACCACUUAAAGCUAAUUUUUGUGGAAAACGAAAAAAUAAGAAUCAGCGUUAACAUGAUGCGAAAAAGUUGGAAAUUGAAAAACAAGUGCUGGAAUUAAACCAAAGUCAUCAAAAAAAAACAACAACAACAUGUAACAUUAUUUGUUAUUAUUCAUCAAAUGCACAAAGUUCGUUUUGAGCACUCGAAGUUUGUGUCUUAAGUCUUUCGUUUUUUCUCAACCAGAGAAAAAAUUCCUUCAAAAGAUUUUCUGUCUCAAAAAUGAUAAAAAAAAAUAACCAAACACACACAUACGUACACACAACAAAAUGACAACUCUGGUAGUUUGUAUUUUAGGUUUAGAAAAAAAAGAAUAUUAUUACCCAUCUCUUCAUCACCAUUUACUUACUAAAUGCAUAUUUUGUUCAAUGAGAGUUUGAGAGAGAGAGAGAGAGAGGAGUAGAGAGUGACUAUCUUUCAUGUUAGUUGCUCAGCAGCAGUUAAUAACAACAAAUGUCAUAGUCAUAGUUAUGUAAUGAAAACAUUAAACAUACAUACAAAUAUUUUCCUGCAAAAAAUCGAUAAAAAAAAUACAGGAAAAUUAUUUAAAUGUAUUUUUUUUUUAAUUUCAAUAUUCAUCGAAUCGAAUGAAAUGAUAUGAUACUAAUUUAAGAUAACAAAUUUUUUGUUAACCCAAAAACACAACUGUAUUUUAAA